UAUUUGUGUGUAUGGAAUGUUCAGGACAAACAUGAAGGUUCUGGUAACCGGAGGAUCUGGGCUGAUCGGGCAGGCCAUCCGCAUGGAGGUGGAAGAAAACCCCAAGACGGAUGAAGAGUGGGUCUUUGUAGGGUCAAAGGAGGCAGAUCUCAGGGAUGCCAAGCAAACCAAGGCCCUUUUCGAGAAGCACCGCCCGACUCAUGUCAUCCACCUGGCGGCAGAGAUGGGCGGGAUGUUCCGCAUCUCCACUCACACCGUCGAGUUUCUGAGAAACAACUUACUCAUCAACGACAAUGUGCUCUACAACUGCUACGCCAUGGACGUGAAGAAGUGUGUGACUGCCCUAACCAGCGCCAUCUUCCCUUGUGACAGCAUAUUUCCCGUGGACGAAUCAAACGUCCAUGACGGUCCGCCCCAUGAAUCCGUUUCUGGCUACUCCUGGUCCAAAAGGAUGGUUGAUGUGCAGAAUCUGGCGUACAACAAGCAGCACGGCUGCAAGUUUACUUCUGUGGUCCCCAUCAACUGCUUCGGCCCGUACGACAACUUCAACCUGAAGGACGGCAACGUCAUGCCUGCUCUCAUCCACAAGGCAUAUCUGGCCAAAAAAAAUGGAGAAGCUUUGCCUGUUUGGGGAACAGGAUCUUCCAGGAGGCAGUUUAUGUACUCCCGUGAUUUGGCCCGGCUGAUGAUGUGGACAGUGAAGGAGUAUGAUGAGAUUGAUCCAAUCAUACUUGCAGUUGGACCAGAAGAUGAGAUCUCCAUCAAAGAAGCUACAGAGCUCGUGGCGGAGGCAAUGGACUUCCAGGGAGAGAUUGCCUAUGACACCACAAAGUCUGACGGACAGUUCAGGAAGACCUGCAGCAACGAGAAGCUGAGGAAGUACCUGCCUGACUUCGAGUUCACUCCCAUGAAAGAAGCUUUGAAGGCGACCUGUGACUGGCUAUCCCAGCAUUACGAGGAAGCUAGGACAUAAAUCAUCAAGUCCCCAACCAUCGCUAGUCUCUAUCAGACUUCUAUAGGCUGUUGAAAAUGUAACUUUUUUCCAGCAACGCACAGAGUCUGAUACAGACUAUAUUAACUCCUAUACCUGGGAAACAUUUGAUGUAGAACAUAUUGUGUUUAUUUUGGCAUGCUGUCCUCUGAAAUUUGUUUGAAAACGAGUAUUCAUAUUCAUGCUCAUAGAUUUGUGAACGAGAGUGGGUCUGUAAGGUAUGUUCAAGGUACAUGAUAAGAUUUCCGAAGGUUAAUUUUGAAAUAUGAAGUAAAAAAGUUUGCACACUGCGUAGAUUCCAGAUGUGGAAUUGCAAAUUAAAAGUAAGCAAUGCAUACUAAAUGUCUUGGAAGUUUUAAGUAGUAGUAAAUCUUUGUGAUUUACUGUUGUUUUGUAGCAGGAAGGAAUGCCUAUUAUGGACAUGGGAUUAUCAUCUUAUCUUCUUCUAUGGAGAAACUGAUUUUGUCAAUAAAGAUUAUCUACACACUCAAAAUGA